CCCCAUGGUCGGCGCCGGCUAUAGUCCUCUACGUCUAUGGCCCCCAAACUCUUAUGCUAUAUAAACCAGAGAGCCCAUCUCUCUACCACCAAGCUUGAGGAACUCUCUCUCUCUCUCUCUAGAAAUUGUGCUCUCGAUUAUAUCUCAGACCUUCGUUGCUUGAAUCGAUGGCAAAGAUCGCUUUUGGAAGCUUUGGGGACUCGUUUACCUUCACCUCCUUCAAGGCCUACUUUGCCGAGUACAUAUCGACUCUCCUCUUCGUGUUUGCCGGUGUUGGAUCGGCCAUUUCCUACAAUAAGCUCACAUCGAACGCCUCUCUUGACCCGGCGGGCUUGGUGGCCGUUGCGGUGGCCCAUGGCUUUGCGUUGUUCGUGGCCGUGGCCAUGGCUGCAAACAUAUCUGGUGGUCAUGUGAAUCCAGCUGUCACCCUCGGAUUGGCUGUUGGGGGACACAUCACCAUACUCACAGCAGUACUGUACAUAGCCCACCAGGUCUUGGGAUCCGUUGUGGCUUGCCUCUUGUUGAAGUUCGUCACCGGUGGCCUGACCAUCCCAACCCACACCCUUGCCUCCGGCACGAGCGCCGGCGAGGGCGUGGUAAUGGAGAUCGUCAUAACAUUCGCCCUCGUCUACACUGUCUACGCCACCGCCGCCGACCCGAAGAAGGGAUCUCUCGGCACCAUUGCUCCCAUCGCCAUCGGCUUCAUCGUGGGCGCCAACAUCCUCGCCGCCGGCCCCUUCAGCGGAGGCUCAAUGAACCCAGCCCGGUCCUUCGGGCCCGCGGCUAUCAGUGGAGACUUCACCGAUAACUGGGUCUACUGGGUGGGCCCACUCAUCGGUGGAGCAUUGGCUGGAUUGGUGUAUGACUCCAUGUUCAUUGGGUCCUACCAGACGCUCCCUUCCUCAGAGGACUACGCCUAGAGAGCAGCAAGCCUUCUUUUUGAGUUCCGCUUGUGAAGUUGGUGCCUUUGUGAUCAGUAAUAAUGUAUGUAUGGGGUGGGGUAGCUAGAUUUUUGUGAUCCACUUGUGGACUAUUGGUGCCCUAUUGGUGCCUUUGUGAUCAGUAAUAAUGGAGGGAGAGAGGAGAUUUAGGAGGAGGAAGACAUUAUAUGAGAGAUUUCAGUGUAGUCCUUCCUUUAAAUUAUUUUUCCACGUGUAUAGUGAUCUUUAAGAGGCUUGGAUUUCAAAGGAAUAAAGGAAGGGUGUGAUAUGUUAAGGCCGACGCCCAAAGCAAUGCACACCUUCAAAUAGUGUCUAAA